AUGGAGCAACGUCGGGACUAUACGGUGGAUGCGGCAGAACUUCGACACCGUCCAACUCUUCNAAUUCCUUCAUUAUUCUGUUCAUUAUUUACAUUGUAUUAUUAUUUAUUCGAUCGAAUAUUACGAAAAACAUUAAGUAAUCAUGUACUUAUUUUAAUAACAAUUUAUUCUCUUAUUUACAAUCUAACAGAUAUUGUUUGGUUAAUUGAUUUUUAUCGAAAUGGUUAUACAUUAUCAUCGUCACGAACAUUUUGUUUAAUUUGGACUUAUAUUGAUUUCUCUGUGUUUGUUUCUGUUUCAUAUCUUGUUGCAUGGGCAUCGAUUGAAAGACAUCUUUUAAUAUUUCAUCAAAAUAUAAUCUCAACAAAAAUAAAAAGAAUUCUUUUUCAUUAUAUUCCAAUGUUUGGUUUUGGAUUUUAUCCAUCAAUUUAUUAUUUAAUGAUAUUUGUCUUUAUUCCAUGUCCAUUGUCAAUUAAUAUACAAAAAACGCGUUGCGGGCUAACAAACUGUGGAUAUGGAAAUGGUUUAACAACUCUAUGGGAUGGAAUAUUUAACAAUAUAAUACCUGUUUUUAGUAUAAUAAUAUUUAGUUUUUUAUUAAUAAUUCGUGUUUGGUAUCAAAAAUAUCGAAUGAGGCAAAGAUUUCAAUGGAAAAAGUAUCGAAAAAUGACAAUACAGUUAUUAUCGAUUUCAUUGAUCUAUUUAAUAUUUUUAUUUCCACCAACAAUUUUACUUUGCUUAUAUUCCUCUGGUUUAUCAUAUUAUGUCGGUGCGGACUUUUACUCAGCAAGUUUAUAUUUAUCCUAUGUAAUAACACUUCUUCUCCCAAUUGUUUCAACAUUUUCAUUACCUGAAGUACGAAAGAAAUUAUUCAAACUAACUCAACUCUCGCAACAAUUCAAACGUAGUAUUGUUCCACAAAUGGUAACAAUUCAACCUGUACCAUUUAGCCGAACGAUUCCAAAUCGUACAACAAAAACAUGA